UGUUGUGGUAGACUUUAAUCGGGGCUGGUGCGAGACCAAUGAUAAUGCAUUUUGGCUCAUGUUUGAUUUCACUGUGAUCGACCAUGGCUGACAGUCAAGCAGAGUCCAAGACAGUGUCCUCUGAAGAAGAGGAAGGUUGGGAUCGGAGAUUUGGGAAGGGUGGUCAUUCAGCGGUGGGUGGUGGUGUCAGUGAAAAGAAGGACCCACGGCCAAAGUACAACAUUUUAUCAUGGCUACUUUUUCUAUGGCUGGAACCACUCCUUUGGCAUGGCAUGAGACACGGAGUGACUCGGGACAACCUAUAUCCACACCCUUCUGAGACAGACUCUCAGAAACUUUUACAGAGAUUCAACCGUUACUGGGCGGAAGAGAUGUUGAGGAAGGAAAGUGGUAAAAAACCCAGACUAAUGCUAACCUUGAUACGCUGUAUGCCCUGGCGAGUAUUGGUACAUAGCAUCUUCUAUUUCAUGGAAACUGUUCUUCUAGUAUCACAGUCUGUACUACUUGGAUAUCUUACAGAGACCAUAGGAAAUGCUCAGGAUCCAUACUUGCUUGGAGCAGGCCUUGUCCUGUGUGCCCUACUUGUGAUAUUCAUACAUGCUCACAACUAUUUGCUGGGCUACAAGCUAGGAAUGAUUUCUCGAACACUCAUGACCGCAGUUAUUUAUCAGAAGGUGACCACUCUGAGUCAAGUGAGUAUUGGGAAGCUGUCAGUUGGACAUAUCGUCAAUCUGGCCUCAAAUGAUGUGCAGAAGUUUGAGCUGGCCUUCCUUCAUCUUCCUGUUGUAUGGAUUAUUCCAAUUACCUGGAGUGUGCUAACGUACAUCGCUUAUCUUGAGGUUGGAUGGAGUGCAUUCACCAUAAUCGGGUUUAUCCUCGUACUAACCCCAUUGCAACUUCUGUUGGCAAAAGUAUUUUCCAAGUUAAGGCACAAGUCUGCAUUAGUGACUGACAAGCGUAUUCGUAUCAUGAAUGAGGUAAUAUCUGGAAUGAAGGUCAUCAAGAUGUACGCCUGGGAGUUUGCCCUCAAGGCUGUCAUCUCAAAACUAAGAAGGGGGGCAGGUAAUCCUGGUACUGCUUUAGUAAUGGACAUGGUCACAAGAAACAUCUUUGGAGGUCUACUUGUAACUAAAACUGCAAGUAUAGUUAGGGUAUCCAUGAGAGAGUCGUUCAUCAUUCUCCAGAGUGCUACAAUCCGCGCCAUCGGCCUGUCACUUAUUUUGGUCUCAGUUCCCAUCGUAUCGUUCACACUAUUCUCUGUCUACACAGCCAUUGGUGGAAUCCUUACUCCCAAAAAGGUCUUCACCACCCUCUCUCUGAUUAUCCUCCUCAAGCUUGAUGUGUAUGCAGUUGUCAACAUUGAAUUAGCAAUCUCUGAAGGUCUUGUUGCAAUCUCAAGGAUCAGUAAAUUCCUUGCUGUUAAAGACUCUUCUCAAGGCAUCAGCAAUUGCCCAGCUAAUGAUGACUGUAUGGAAUCAUUUGUCCUUGUUGAAAAUAUGUCCGCAUCCUGGGGCGACACUCCAGUACUUGAGAACAUCAGCAUUAAACUCACAAAGGCUAGUCCACUUCUUACUGUGUUUGGCUCUGUGGGAUCAGGAAAGUCCACCCUGCUGCAAGUAUUGCUGAGUGAGCUGCAGCCCUCCUCUGGGAGAGUAAACAUCAAUGGUAGAUUAUCCUACACGUCUCAGGAGCCCUGGUUGUUCUCAGCUUCUCUUCGUGACAACAUCUUGUUUGGGAAUGAGUAUGAUCCAGUCAGAUACAACGCAGUCAUCGAUGCCUGUGCUCUAAAAAAGGACAUUAUCCAACUAGUGAAUGAUGACUUGACGCUGGUGGGGGAGAGAGGAGUCACUCUGAGUGGGGGACAGAAGGCACGAGUGAGUCUGGCCAGAGCAAUCUAUCACCAGGCAGACAUUUACCUCCUCGACGACCCUUUCAGUGCAGUGGACACAGCAGUGGCCAAGCAUAUCUUUGACAGGUGUAUAAAAGGAUUAUUAGCUGCAAAACUGGUGAUUCUUGUAACUCAUCAAGUACAGUUUGCCCUGCGUAGUGAUCAACUUCUGGGGCUCAAAGAGAGAGGUGUAGAAGUCUAUGGUGAAGUGAAUGAGCUACAGGCCAGAAAUGUCAACUUAAAGCAACUGCUGGGGCUAGAGGACAUUGAGGAGCUGCAUGCAUCUGAGCUAGAUAAUGAUGGCAAGGCUUACGUUUCAUCCAUCACUCGUGAAGUUUCAGACCGUAAUAAACCAAGUCAGAAGUCUGCUUCCGAUGCAACUGGAUGUGUCAGCUACAAAUAUGAACCAUCUCUCUUUUCCGUACCCUCUCUCUACUCUCUGCACUCUGAAAUCAGCAUCCAGCAGUUACCAACAAAGGUAAACAAUCUUUCACCAGAGGAGAGGAGCUAUGGGUCUAUAUCAUUCACCACGUAUGUGAAAUACUUCCAGGCUGGUGGUAAUGCCCUGAUACUAAUGUUGAUGGUGCUACUAUUCAUCUUUGGAGAAGGUGGCUUAGUGGCUUGUGACUGGUGGAUAUCUGAUUGGGCACAGUGUUACCAGUUGCUGAAUGAAACAUUUGACAGCGGAAAUCGCACCAUAUGUUUACUGUCCACAAAUGAGAGGAUUUCUACUUUUGCUGGUUUAUUGGCUGGAACCAUUCUUCUGAACUUUAUUAAAAUUGUUCUUUUCAGCAGUAUGUGUGUGAAUGCUUCUCGUGUUCUUCACAAUCAAAUGCUUGACUGUAUUUUGCACACUCCAAUGCUGUUCUUUGAUACCAAUCCAAUAGGAAGGAUUCUGAACAGAUUUUCCAAAGAUGUUGGAUUUCUAGAUGACCUGCUUCCCUAUAUUUUCAGCGAAUACAUGAUAUAUUUUUGUCGGAUGUGGGCUGUUGUCGUCACAGCUAUCGUUGGUUUGCCCUGGCUGCUCAUCCCAUGUGUGGUCCUCCUACCUUUGUUUCUAGCCUUAAGAUGGUAUUAUCUGAAAACAGUGAGAGACAUUAAGAGGCUUGAAGGAUUAGCUCGUAGUCCAGUUUACUCUCACAUCUCCUCGACCCUGCAAGGUCUGCCCGUCAUCAGGUCGUUUGGAAAGACAGCGAUGUCAGUGAAGCAGUUCCACGAUUACCAGAAUGAACACACAAAGGCGUACUAUGCCUAUCAAGCCUUGACCAGAUGGCUUGGAGUCCGAUUAGAUUUGAUAGUCAUUUUACUUCUGGCGUCUGUUGUCUUUAUUGCUCCAUCGUUGAGCACAGUGUUCGACCCUGCUCUGAUUGGGCUUGCCUUGACAUACACUCUAUCACUUGCUCAAGAGUUUCAGUAUUCUGUGCGCUUGAGUGCAGAUGUUGAGAGCACUAUGGUUGCAACCGAACGAAUCAUUGAGUAUAGUGAUCUGAGAAAUGAAGCUUCAUUUGAAACUGUUCCUAUCGACAAAAAGCCGUCCAGCGACUGGCCGAGCAAUGGUUGCCUGAUGUUUGAGAAUGUAGCAUUUCAGUACUCUCCCAAUCUCCCAUUUGUGUUGAAGAGUGUUUGUUUUGCUAUAAGACAAGCUGAAAAGAUUGGAGUUGUCGGGAGAACUGGAGCUGGUAAAUCUUCGCUUUUGUCUGUGCUCUUCCGACUAGCUGAGCCCUCCGGACGAAUCACUAUUGAUGGCGUCGACAUCCUGUCUAUUGGAUUGCAUGACAUACGCAGUAAGAUGUCCAUCAUUCCCCAAGACCCUGUGUUGUUUAGUGGGACAAUGCGCUACAACCUAGACCCUUUCAACAAGUUCUCAGACAAUGAGUUGUGGGAUGUGCUGGAGCAGGUGCAGUUAAAGAGUACAGUGCAGCAGCUAGAGGGACAGCUGGCUGGUGAGGUGUUAGAAGGAGGCAGCAACUUCAGUGUGGGACAGAAACAGCUAGUGUGUCUGGCUAGGGCAAUGAUGAAAAAGAACAAGAUACUCAUUCUGGAUGAAGCCACCGCUAAUGUGGACUUAAGAACUGAUGAGAUAAUCCAGCAAACUAUCAGACAAAAAUGUUCUGAGUGUACUAUCAUUACAAUAGCACAUCGACUCAAUACAAUAAUGAACUCCGACAGAAUAUUGGUACUGGAUAAUGGAGAAGUGCUGGAAUUUGAUACUCCUUUCAAUCUGUUGAAAGAUCCCAAAUCUCUUCUGUCAGAGAUGAUAAGAGUUAAAACAGCAAUAUCAUAAUUAUACAAAUUGUAGCUAGUACUCUAACUGUAGUGUGUGUCUAUAGUAUAAUUAUACAUUGUAGAUGUAUAGUCAUGGAGAGGGAAUAGCCUUGCAUAGAUUUGGUUUGCCUCUUUCGGAAUUUUAAAUUCGAACAUGGUAUAUCGUGUAAUG